CAACUGAUACUUUGGCAAAGUAAACGAACCGUGUGAGUUCAGCAUUAUUUGCCACUUACAGUGGACUCCAGUUGGUGUCUCGUGGUCGUGCUGAAAGACAUUCCAUGCGGGUGCAGAAGGAGAGACGAACGAAUUCAUUGCAAAAAUAACAAAGUCGAUCGAAAAAUUCUCACAUUGUGUGAUAGAACGAAAAAUGAAUUGCCUACUACGACAGCUGGUAGUGGUGGUGGUGCUGCUCCUGGUGGUGCUACCAAGUUGCAGCCUUGAAGAAAUCCCAAGCGAUAGCGAAACGCUGGUGAGCACCAGCCUGGGUUCCAUUCAGGGCAGCACAAUGAAAAGCUUUAGCGGACUGACGAUCAACGCAUUUCGUGGUGUUCCCUACGCUGAGCCACCGGUGGGUGAAUUGCGUUUCCAAGCACCGAAACCCGUUCGUGCCUGGGCCCCUGAGACACUUAAGGCCACCUCCGAUUCACUGAUUUGUCCACAAACCGGAGUAACUUUGUUCAUGAGCGAGGAUUGCCUCAAACUGAAUGUGUACAGCAAGAAUCUAACUGGCAGCCUGCCUGUAAUAGUUUAUAUACACGGUGGGGCCAAUGUGCUGGGCAGCGGGCACAGUUUGUAUGAGGCGGGUCCUCAGUACCUGCUGGAACACGAUGUGGUUCUCGUCACCUUCAAUUAUCGACUGGGCGCCUUGGGCUUUCUGGGUGGCAGCAACAAUGCGUAUCUGGAUCAGGUAAUGGCACUGGAGUGGGUCCAUUUCCACAUCAGCAAAUUUGGUGGUAAUCCCGAUGAGGUCACUCUUCUGGGCUUGAGUGCUGGCGCCAUGGCCGUCAGCCUCCAUUUAGUUUCACCAUUGUCUGCUAGUUUAUUCCAUCGAGCCAUACUCAUGAGCGGCUCGGCCACGAAUCACUUUAGCAUCCACAAUGAGUUCUGGUCACAACUCUUGGCCCGACAGGUGGGUUGUCCUCUGUACGAUAAAUAUGAUAUGACCGAGUGCCUGCGGAACGUCACCUGGCAGCGCAUCGUGGAAGUUUGCGCCACUUGGGAGCAGUAUAAGUUCGUCAACAUGAAGUGGAACUAUGAGAUCGAUGGCAUAUUCUUGACCCAACAUCCCAGUGUGUUGAUUGAUAAGGGUCUUUUUAAUCGAGUACCGCUGCUGGUCAGCUUUACCACCAACGAACUGGAUUUUACUACACAAGAGCACCUUUCGAAGGAUCUGCUGUUGCACGAUAUUAUAACAAACUUUGAUGAUUAUGCGCCCGAAUUAUUUCUCUUCGACUACGAUGUGCAGAAGAGCAGGCGCAUCAAGAGCUUCUAUCUGGGUGAGAAUACCAAUGAGCUGAAUGCCACAAAUAUUGAGCAAUUCGGGAAAAUCUUCUCGGACGGCAUUAUUGGCCACGGUGUCUAUCGUUUGGUGGAUCUGGCACGCAUGUACACCAAUGUCUAUUACACACGCAUGGACUAUAUAGGCAAAAGGAGUGUCUCGGUGCCGCUGACAGAAGAGAAUGUGCCCAGGGGGGUGGGUCAUGCCGAUGACUGGCAGUACGUAAUGCCCAGCUUGUGGUAUGGCACCCAAUUUGCCCAGAAUCACAAAGAUCUGUUCAUGAUGCAACGCUUGACCGAUUGGAUUACCCACUUUGCCGAGACGGGAACACCCAUGUUGGACGCUGAUCAACACUGGCCACCCUGCAACGCUCAGCAGAUACAGAUGCUCUACAACGAUGAAGUUGCCAAGUUGGGUCCACCCGCUUUCGAUGAUUACUAUGCUGUCUGGGAUGAACUAUUUCCCAAGCCCAGGGGAAACGGUGCUGCCCAAAGCCAACUUCAGCUGCACGUUGUUGUCGUCAUCGGUGUGGGUCUGGUUGCAUUACUUUUUGGAAAUAAAUGUAGCCAUUAGGUGCGGAAAAAAGCUUA